AUGACGAUGAGACUUGUAGACCCUGGAACCAUUGACAAUUUGGCUCCAGCUGCUCCAGAUGCGGCAGCCUACGCGAAAAACGACGAUGACGACGAAGAAAAUGAUGAUAAAAUAUCUCAAGAAGAGGAUGAUAAGAUGAAAAAAUUGAAAAAGUUUGGAAGAAAAAUGGCUUUCAAACCGAAAGAUCGAACAGCUCCAAGCUACAUCAAACAUGACAGAGUGUUGAAAAACAAACGAAACAACACAAACAGCAGACCAAAUCAACAUCGCAACAACAUCAACAACAACAACAACAACGUCAUUGGAAAAAACAGCAACCACAAGAACAACUCAGUGGUUCGUAACCAUGGAAAUAUAAACAUUGACUACAUAACCAAGAGUAGGAACCAUAACGACACCAACAUUUUUUACCGCCACGACUACAACGCCAAUAAAAACUCAACGUCAUCACAUCAAACCAAACAGAGAAAACCGAAUCAUCACAUUCUGCAGCAGCAGCAGCAACAACAACAACAUAAUCAUCUUAAUCAAGAAGAACACAAUCGUGGUCAACAACAACAACAACAACGUCAUCGUCACCACCAACAACAACAACGUGACUACGAGAUAAAUGAACGCAUGACGGUUCAUAAAUAUGAUGACCAUCAAAACCAGCAACAGCAACAACAUCGGCAACAACAACAGCAACAUCAACAACAAAAACAUCAGCAACAAAUUAAUUACGCAGUCGACGAACAGCACACUGACGACGUACAGUCAUCCAACAUUUAUGAUGGUGAUGACGAAAAUGAUAAAGUCUAUGACUAUGAAGAUGGCAACAUUGAUGAUAGUGACGGAAAUAUCAUUGGCACUGAUGACGAAGAGUAUGACGGUGAUGACGAAGAUGACGACGAUGAUGAAACUGUGAAGAAAAAAUCGAAGCAGAGUAAAAACAAGCAAAAAGAGGAAGAUGAUGAGUACGAUGAUGAGGAUGAUGUGGACUUCCUUGAUCCCAACUCCACUUACGACAUGCACUCCCAUUCCGGUCUGUGGCGAAUUUGCAUCGUGUACUACGAAGAGCAAAGAUUUGCAUUAAACUGGAGUAGGUGUGCUUUCAAGUGA